AUGGAGGAGUACCCAAUCAUGCAGCCCAUAAAAUUUAAUGGCAAAGCUUGUGUUAGUACAGUAUACAGUCACAGUGGCGUUGAAGAAAUGGACAUUGGUGUUGUCUUUAUGCGACAUUGGACAACCUUGAGCCCUCGAGCCUUCUUCAACGAGUCGGUCGACCUGGAGCCUUGGACAUCGUUAGACAUCCAAUGGACACUUGGACAGCCACGAUAUGUGUAA